UCCUGUCUGCUCUUUCUGCAAACCACAGGGCAAAGCAGGAUGCAGGGCUUGGAAAAAAUGACCUAGUGUGCGUUUGCAUCCUAAUGAACUCACCUGCAGCUGAGAGCUUUUGCAGAAGAGCACCUAUGUUCAGCGCAGAGGACCGUGAACUGCCAGGAGCCCAGCUGGCUUGGGGGGUGCCUGGGCUCAGCUCCUGUGGCACCGCACUGGUCUUGCUUGGGUUGUGUUCCCACAGCAGGGCUGGAGCAGCUUUUCUCUAGAAAACCUUGGUCCUUAUUCAAAGAGGGCAUGGUUUCACCACAGUCUUUUCGCUGAAUCCACUGGGUGCAGAGUGGAUCUGGAUCAGUGGUGAUUGCCCAAGUGCAGGUCUGGCUAAUUUGGCAGUGUACAUGAUCUGGAGUUUACGCAAACUUUCUGCUUUGAGGCUGUCUUUAUGACUGAUGAUAGCAGAUUGCUUGAUCCUGUCUGCUGGAAGAAAUUCAAUCUGUUCAAAGUUACAAAAACAUGAGUAGAUGUAUGGAGUUUGUGCUAGGUCAGUGCCUUGUGUUAGGUGGCCGCAGCGUUUUUGGUCAGGUACCAGGCAUGUGCAGUCCGGAUUUAUCAUUGCCUUUGUGUUACAGCCCUCUCUGCUGAACCGGGGUUUGCAGGGUGUAAACCACUGUGCAGAGUGAGGUCCUCUCUGGCAGCGUGACCAAAUGCUAGUCCAAAAUGCUGUGACAAGGACACAGUAGUCACGGUGCCUGCGAUGUCGCAGCCUGGGGUAUCCAGACUCAGGUCUAGGCUGAGGUUAAAACAGGCUCCCAAACUCAUUCCUGGCUGUGAAUAAAUGCCCAGUAACUAGUUUGGGGGGACCAUAGUCUGCUGAAUUUGGGGGCAGCUGCCUGCCUAGGGCACCCCUCUAACCCCAGUGGGCUCUGGGGUCAGCAGACGUUGCUGUGGCAUGACAAACAGCCUGGCUAAGGGAGCACAGCCCUGCCUCACCACCCACGAGAGCUGUCUCGCGUCCAGUUUCGCUACGGGGUAGAGCUCUCAGAAAUAUUAAGGUGCUGGAAAACAGGCUCCCUCCCUUACUUAUUUUGACACAGCUCUUUGACAGGUUCCCGCAGAGGAUCUGGGACCUUGUGUCCAGGCUGUGCUAGGGGCUGUACAGACACAGAUCUCCAGCUCGUCGGUUUGCCAUCAAUUUUACCUGUAUCAUAUGGCUGAGGAAACUGAGGCACAGGGCGGUGACGUGAUUUGCCUGGGAACAUGCAGUUCUCGGUCCGCACGCGGCAUUUCUUCAGCUCAGCCCCAGUUAGCUGUGACCAGCGUGGAUGUUGUGGGCUCUCCUCCUGAGUGGCUAAAGAGGUCCGGAGCAGCCACCCUCCGGAUUUGGCUCUCCCCGGCCCACUGAGAUCUGGAAAGGGUCAGCCUUUUUAAAGCCUCUUGUUUUGUCCUUUUCUUUCCACCGCUGCUCUCUUUUCUCCUCCCCACAAAGAUAAUCCCAGGCAGAGAGGGCCCCUGGGGCCAGCCAUCCCCUUCCUUUAUGUCUUGCUAAGACGUGAGGGUGGGCUGUGGUGGUGCCUCCCUGAAAUAAUGCUCAGUGUUUCCUUGUGUCCUGAAGAUUUUGUAAGGCCAAAAAAAAAAAAAAAAAAAAAAAGGCAGAAAGCUGCAGUCAUGGAUGUGGAGAGGUGAAGUUCUGCCCCUGAGCUUUGGGGUGCAGAAAGAGCGAGCAGGGAUGGAUGGAGGGAUGAGAGAAGGGAAGGAGAAGUCGCCACCCCGCGGCGAGACCUCCGCAGGGCUGCAGCGGCCGCGGGUCUCCCGGAGCUGGGCCGGCAGGAUGCGGAGCCGGCGGCUCGGCUGGUGUCGCAGCCCAUGGGGUGCAGAUGCUCUGGGGAUGGUAGAAGAUAAAGCCUAGGAUAGGUGCAAUGAGAAAUUCAGGCUCCCUGUGGCGUAUGGCGUAAUACAGCAACCCAUAACUCACGCCUUGCCUCAAAAGAUCCUUGUGAAAUCAGUCACAUCCUGCUCCGGGGACACCAAGACCUGUGCUAGGCAAGUGGCAAAGCCAGGGAACAAGCCCAGGCCAGCACGAAACUCUGCCUUCCCCCAUUCAGCUAGAGGCAAAGACUGACUUGUGCAAGGAGUUUUGGUGUCUCAGGCUAUUGCCAGCCCCAGGUUUCACAAUGCAACAACCCACCAAAACUGACCCUCAAGUUUACAACUAUUGAGGGACAGCUAAAAAUAUCCAAAAAUUCCUCCCCAAAUGUUGGAUUCUGUCAAAGGUUCAUUCCUCCACGUAAAACCACAUGCCAAAGCCAUGAUAAAGGAACCCACAUUCCUCCAAGUCCAAGCCUGGCCAGUGUUGCUAAGAUGCACCAGCUCUUACAUUGAGGAGCAAUUAAGGAAGCAACACAGCAAUUAUCACUGUGUCUCUUCUUAGUGGUCAUACCUAUAUGACCAGGCAGGUGUAUAACCUCGGGGAGGAGGGGAAAUAAGCAUCCAGCAUGGGCUCUGCAGCAAGGUGCUUCCCGUGCUGGACUGGCCCAUCUCAGCUGGGCACAAAUAUUGCACCUCAGCCCCAUCUGCCAUCAUCUGGCUGUCAUGACUCUGUGAGGCUGCUCUCCAGUCAUUGCAAGGCAGCUUUUCAAGGGCAGAUUUUUCCAAAAACUGUGCCUUUGUCACUGGGUUUUCCUGAGGGCUCGGUCCCAAGGAGAGCUGGGGGUUUGCACAGUUCAUACAUUGAGGGUUUAAACCCUGGGAGCUCUGGCAAGCGGUCUGGAAAAGGGAAGGAGAACAUUUCCUGGGAAAUUCCAGCCUGGUGGGUCCUGCUGCAAUAGCCUUGCAAACUCUGGGUUGGGAAAUGAAUGCGAGAGGAAGGAAGGAGUCUUUCCAUCAGGGAACGACAGUUGGCAGAGCUGCCUGGAGCUGCCGGAGCAGGAGAGCUGGUUGCAAUGACACACAGCUGCUGCCUGGAGAUCCACCCUCGGGGCCUCCCCGGAGCCCUAAUAGGCUCAGUGGGAAGCACAGCCCUGGGGAUUUGGUGCUGUUUAGGAGACAGGGCCCUCCCCUUGCGCAGGUGAGAGGAAGGAAGGGGCAGGUAAAGAGGAGGAGCUAAGGGCAAGGCAUUACUGCUGGCAGAAGGCAGUUCCUGGGACUUUUGGACUGGGUUUGCUCCUGAGUUGUGGAGGUGCUGAGGGUAAGCAGCUGCCCAGUCUCAAACAAUGAACUAUGUGGGGCAGCUUGCUGAGACCGUCUUCAUCACUGUGAAGGAGCUGUACAGGGGUUUGAACCCCGCUACUCUGACAGGCUGCAUCGAUGUCAUCGUGGUGAGACAGCCUGAUAACUCCUUCCAGUGCUCACCUUUUCAUGUGCGCUUCGGGAAGCUGGGUGUGCUGCGCUCGAAGGAGAAGGUGGUUGACAUUGAAAUCAAUGGGGAGCCUGUGGACCUGCACAUGAAGCUGGGUGAUAACGGAGAGGCCUUCUUUGUCCAGGAGUCAGAGGAGAAUGAGGGAAGCAUUCCCUCCCGUCUCUGCACGUCCCCCAUCCCUGUGGAGGAGAGCCCAGAGGACAUAGCUCAGUCCUCUCAGGGACAGGAGGCCUCGAGCUCCGAAGUGAUCCUGCGUAAGAGGAGGCGACGCAAGAAGAAGCCCAAGCGGAAGGAGGUGGCAGAGUCCAAUUUAGAAGGCUGCAAGGACUCUGAAAGUGAAAUGUCUCUGGAAGAGAAAUAUAGGCUGCCAACCCCCAGUGAUUCAGUGUAUUUCUCCUUCACCGAUCUCCCCAAAGAAGAAGCGGGGUCCUUGCAGUCUCAAGAGAUCUACCCUUAUUCUGAUGGGGAGCUGGCCUCUGUGGACAGCCUCACCCUGAGCCAUCCAUCUUCUCCCAAAAGUGACUCUGAGCUGGAGAUCAGACCCCAGGAGAGUUUUGCUGUAGGGGCUGAAUCCUGUAUGCAGUGGGCCUGGGGAAGGCUCCCUCAGGUGAACAAAUCGGAGCGAGUUGAAUCAGCCAAGUCCACAAAGACCACUGCUGCUGCAGCAACUGUUGUGUCAGCAACGCCAGCCCCAGUGGAUGGAACAACCCACCUUGUUGCCAUCUCUGAAGGUUUGGGAGGUGGUCCAAGCCCAGUGGCACUGCAGGAUGCACCUUGUUCUUCUGCUGUGUCUGUUGUUGAGCCAACACCCCAGAAAGGGAACAGCCCCCCCAAACUGAAGGACAUUCUCAGCACUGUGGGGGCUGAGAGCUUGUCAGAGCCUUCCUCAGCAUUGCAAGAGGAGCAGGUAGCAGAGAAACAGGAGAGAGGAGAGAGCGUUGUGCCAGAGGUUCAGCCGGACUCAAAGCCCUUGGCUGCUGACAGAGCUGCUGGCCUGAGGCAAGCAGGCUUGGAGAGCUCAGAGUCCUACCUGGAAAGCCAGAAGAGACAAGGAUCCACCAAAAGAAGUCCUCACCUGGGUCCCAGUGAUGUUUACCUGGAAGACCUCCUUAGACUGGAUGAGGAGCAGGUGGCUCUCUAUUUCCCCAGGAGUGACACAGAGCAAAGUCCAAAGCCUGUGGCUGACCCCAGCAGCCCUCUGUGUGUCCAGCUGCCAUCUGACUUGCCUGCUGAGAGCCCCAUGGACUCUGACUCAGAUUCGAUGCCCGCAAUCGCACUGUCACUGUGCGGAGGCCUUGGGGGCAGCAGGCAGAUUUCUCAUGAGAAGUUCAUGGAGCGCAUCAUCUCCUACCAGGAGUUUGCUGAGAAUCCAGGAAUCGUCGAUGAUCCAAACCUGGUGAUACUGCUCAACAAGAAGUAUUACAACUGGGCAGUGGCUGCUCCCAUGGUCCUCUCCCUGCAGGCCUUCCAGAGGAACAUUCCCGAGAGCACCAUUGACCUACUAGUGAAGGAGAAGAUGCCAAAGAGAGGCAGCAGAUGGUGGUUCUCCUGGAGGAGGCAAGAAUUCCCUACGGAGGAGCCACAACGGAGGACAGGGAAGGCUGAUGCAGGAACACUGCAGCCAGACUCCCUUCAGCAGAGGCAGGAGGAGGAGGUAUCGUCCAGUGAUGACGAGCUCCUGGAUUCUGGGGACUCUUUAACGAAGGAUGGCUCGGCACAGAAAUCUCUGCCAACCUACAAGAAGUCUCUGCGGCUUUCCUCUGAACAAAUUGAGAGGUUGAAUCUGCAGGAUGGCCCCAAUGAGGUGGCAUUCAGCGUGACGACUCAGUACCAGGGCACAUGCCGCUGUGAGGCCACCAUCUACCUGUGGAACUGGGACGACAAGGUGGUGAUCUCGGACAUUGAUGGCACCAUCACCAAGUCAGAUGCUCUAGGGCACAUCUUGCCACAUCUGGGAAAAGACUGGACUCAUCAUGGGAUUGCUAAGCUCUUCCACAAAAUCCACCUCAACGGCUACAAGUUCCUCUAUUGCUCAGCAAGAGCGAUUGGCAUGGCACACAUCACCAAAGGCUACCUGAAAUGGGUCAAUGAGCAAGGCUGUGCCCUCCCCAGGGGCCCCAUCCUGCUUGCCCCCAGCAGCCUCUUCUCUGCCUUCCACAGGGAGGUGAUUGAGAAGAAGCCAGAGGUGUUCAAGAUCGCCUGCUUGAUGGACAUCCGAAACCUGUUUGCUGCAAAGCAGCCUUUCUUUGCAGCCUUUGGGAACAGACUCAAUGAUGUGUAUGCUUACAAGCAAGUAGGACUGCCAGAGUCUCGCAUAUUCACUGUCAACCCCAAGGGAGAGCUGAUCCAGGAGCUCACUAAGAACCACAAGUCAACGUAUGAGCGGCUGUCGGAGCUGGUGGAGCUGAUCUUCCCUCCCCUAGGGCAGACUGGGAAUGUUGCUCUGGUGUGUCCAGAGUAUAGCCACUUCACCUACUGGAGACCUCCACUGCCUGUCAUUGACUUGGAAGACUUCUGACCCUGCUGCCCAUGGAGACCAGGCUGAGGACUCUGCUGUGAGGAUGAGCUGCGAGGACUGGAUGCAACAGAGGCAUCUCCUCCCGCUGUGUACUGCUCGGGCAUAUUGCACUUCUCAUAUGGGUCAUAUUCUGCACUAGAAAUACUCCUUCUCAAGGGACAAAAUGGGGGUAGAGGAGCUCUGACUUUAGAAAAAAUCACUUACUAAAUUGAAACUUCCUAUCAGCCAGGUGUUUUCUUAAGGUUCUUAAUAUGUUUAAAGCAUGGCUGUUUUUUAAAGGUGAUGGAUCACUGUUUUAUUUAUUGAUAAGCCUCUGGCAUAGCUAUUGCUACCUCUGGUUCGACUGGUUGUUCCCAGAUGGUCCAGCUACCUGCAGUUUGGUAACUGAUAGGUUCAAGCUGUCAUGUGACUUAACUCAUAAAGAUGGCUGGAAAUGGUCAAGGUUUGAGUGUUCUUCACUAAUAGCAUUAAUAAACGGUGCCUUAUUCUA